UACUGCAAGGCGGGGGGGGAGAGGUCCAGCUGCAAAAAAAAAAAGAACCGUGACAAUGGCAACAUCAAGCAUCUCCUAAACGGCAGUCAAGAAAGGGGGGGCGGGAUUUCGGACGUGCUUGUCCGCCUUGUGAGGGUCUCUUCCUGGAAUACGAAUCGUAGCAUGGAGCGGCGCGGGAGAGGAAAGUCGCCGUGUCUCCAUCACUGAGAGGCGCGUCCACCUGCUAACUGGAGGCCCGGGCUGCUGGUGCUGCUGGCUGGUGGAGGGAAAGGGAAGCAAGCAAGCAAGCGAAGCAGGCUGGCCGGCCGGGCUGGUGGGUGGGGGACAUGCAGCGGGGACGUGUUUGCAUUUGGGAGGAAAGAAGACGCACAUUCUCACAUUCAGUCCGAAGCUCUUGUGGAGGAUCCAUUUGCGACGCGGGGGGAAAGACGCAGUUUUUUUGGGCGCAGACGCUCUGGAGGUGGGACAGUCAAAAUGAUGCGUAGGAGGACAAGCAGCGUUGAGCCGUAUUGAUGGACGUGUUAACAGACAGCGGUCUCACACUGAUCGUGAAGACUUCACAAACAGAUAAUGAAAUUGCAGUGGAGAACACAGGGGUGUGUGAGCAGAGUGGUGAUCUGAGUCUACACAGACUUGUUGAUGCUGCUCUCCCUCCAUCCUCACCUCAUCCUGCUGCAGAGUCAUCACAGCGGGUCUGCCCACUGCACCAGAGCAACACGCCCACAUCGCCAACUCUCUGCUUCCCCCUCUCCCUCGGCACUGAUCCCACUCUGGAUCUGACAGCAACUCCAUGCCCUCCUUCUCAUGAAGUUCCCAACGUAGUCCCCCACUUUCACCACACUCCCAGUCCCGCAUCACUUCCCAACCCAGCUGUAAGCUCCUGGAGCCCAACAGGAGACACCCAGAAGAGCAUUCGAUUGCCUGCUGCCACCUCUCUGUCAAUGACAAUGAUGGAGCCUGACAACGUUUCUACCCUGGCGGAGGAGUGUCUCCUUCAGCCGAGCCGCACCUGCCUUGGUUGCUUUAUUGAGACCCGUGAUGCCACUUCAGCACAGAACCCACCGCACGAGCCUAGCACGAGCCCUAAUUCAGAAAAUGGACUAAGUGUACGGAUAGGGGACGUGAACCGAGAGGACUUCUCUGACAUCAACAACAUUAGCAUCCAGUGCCUGAGCCAUGCAGGGGAGGCGGUGAGUCACUACGGAGAACAGCUCCUCUCUGACCAGCUACUUAGCUUUCCCCUGCCCAAAUCCUCAGAUGAGGGCAAAAGAGCGGAAGGAAACAAAACAACAAAUGACUGUGAUGACCCCGAUGAUGAUGCAACAACUAAGAACUUAUAUGAAGGACUAUUAUUGGACAAAGUGAGUGGAGAAGAGGUACUGUUGGCAAAUGCCAGCCAGGACUGGGGCUACUUUGAAUCCUUCAUCAGCGAGAGCAAAAUGGAACUGCUGGACCUAUGUUCGAAAAAUGAGCUGUCGGUCAACCUCUUCUCAGAGGAAGAUGUUGAUAAUUUAUUUGAUGAUGAAGAUGACGACUCGACUUUAAGCAGUGACGUUUGUUCACUAAAGAUUCGUUAUGAGUCAUUUCAGGACAACAUGAGGGAGAAAACAAAUGUGCUCCAGGAGGAGACACAGCUAAAUUUUUUCCCUAGUGUCCUGGCCAACUGUGCCAAGAAAGAAGAAGGAGUAGGAGUCUUGAGGAGGAGUGUUGAUGAGCUUCAGCCCAAAACCGAUGAGCUCAUCCUGGAAACAGGACAGGAGGAAAAGCCAGGGGACUGCAGUGGCGAGAGCCCACUUGAUGGCUCCCAAUGCUCACCCAUGUCAACUCCUAAAAUCAACUAUGUGAUAGACUUUAAUUCCACAGAGGAAUCAGGGGAAUUUAGUGAUGACAGCUCCUGUACUGGCUCCUCCUCAGACACUGUGCAGGAGGGCAAAUAUAAGAAGGGGCACUCCAAAAGAUUCUUCAGUCCCUCCAAUCCACUUAACUACGGCUUGCGCUCCAAGAGAAAGGUUCGAUACAGUGAUGAUUACUUAUAUGAUGUUGACUCGCUUGAGAGUGAGAAGAAUGCAGAGAAAAAAGACAAAACCCCAUUAGGUCAGAAAGAGGAGGAAGAUGUGGACUGGUGCCCCAAAAAACGUAGGAAAUCAUGUCGUAAAGAGCCACCCGUGGUCAUUAAGUACAUCAUCAUCAACAGGUUUAAAGGAGAGAGACUAAUGUCAGUUAAACUGGGCAAACUAAAUCCUGCGGAUGGUACUGUGAGUUUAAACGCCAACACAAUAAGCAAAUAUGAGACACUGGCUCCUUUGAAGGAUUUCUGGCAGGAGAAGCAAAGAAAGCGACAGGAGCAGCUGAAGCUGGUGGCCAGAGAGAGACAACAACGUGGUUUUCAUCUGAACGGACGACAUCAUCGUCCUUUUAAUUCUAGUCAUCCUAAAAGGAAAUACAAGUUUGCAAACAGACUAAAGGUACAAAGGGUUCACACUUUGGAGCGGUCAGUGAUUGUGCAGGGUUCUUUGCCCUCUGAUCAGACCCAUGGGUGUGUCAUUAAGGAGGAGGCCACCCCCAUGGUGGGGGAGAUAAUAGCAGCCUCCGGCAUUCCGGUAACAUUGGACAUAAACGGCAUCUCAAACACGGUCAUAACCAAAAGUCGCUCGCAAGAGAGAGAGGAGAGAGAGGGGAGGAGAUUGGGAGGAACUAAAAUAGUUAGGAUAAGAAAAUUCAAAAGCGAAGCCAGGCUGAAAAGCCAGAAAAUAAAAGAGGCACAAGAAGAAGAGAGGAAGAGCAUGACAAAUGAAACGGGUGCCAGUGUCGCUACAGCAAACACUGACGAAACACUUACUGCUGGACUUAAAGAGGAAAGCAUGAACUCCACUACAGCCAAACUUCAGUUCUCUGACAAUGCCAACACAGCCGACACAGACAAGGAAAAGUUCCCAUUUGUUUCAUCCUCCUGCUCCCCUGACAAAGCACCGUCCUCAGAUGAGGUCGAAACGGGUGUUCCUGUCAUCCCAGGGGGCUACCUGCAGACCUUGCUAGAUGCUACAGACUCCUCUGGAAGCUCAUCUAUCCCAUAUUUUCCUCAACAGCCGUCAAGGCAGCAGUAUCCCGUGGGUCUAUCCCUAGAGGAGAAACAAUUUUCCUCUCUUCAACUUGCUCAAAGUUGCGUCCUCUCCCCUCCCUCAGAAUCAGAGCUUCAACAGUCUCCCCAGAACUGUCCCAGCUUCCCCCAAAUAUGGCAUCCACAGCUCUGCACCAAUCAUAGCCAGAACUUUGGGCCUGAGACCCCUGAAACCCCCAUCUUACCCAACAACUUUACGGCUGCUGUACCCUUAAACGAGAGCCUGCCAGUGUCUAACUACAGCCAACUCAGCCCAGAGGAUGAACGGAUACUUUAUGAGAAGAGCUACCUGACAGAGCCUGGGCUGCAGUCUGGGGCAGAUCUGCAAGUUUGUCAGUCUACCUGUGUGGAGGGCCAGGUGCAAUACCAGAGAGGGUCUCUGUGCACGGACAAUGGAAGACUCAUCAGCUAUGACUCGGUAGGCUCCUUAUCAGCCUCCUCAAGCAAUUACAGUUCACUCAGCCUCAAAUCUUGUGAGCGAGAAGGUGAGGAGGAGGGCAGAGACAGUUUCUUAGCUCACUGCAGCCCUAAAAUGGUGAUUCAGCAGAGUGUGGAUGCCCUCACACCACUCAGGGAGUCCUCAGACCUGCUUGACAUCUCUAACUUUACUCCUGACAAAUUCAGACACUCGUCAUUGUCAGAGCUUUCCCCGCCUGAGACCCCCAACCUCUCCCCGCAGGUGGCGGGGCGUGACAUGAAGAUACCAGCAAAUGUUGGAAAAUACCAGGAUGUGAAUGAUCUGACUGUGGAGCGCAAUAGGGACGUUAAAUGGAACUGUGACAUUAUGCAGCAACAGGAGCACGCAGGAAAUGCGUACACCGUGGAAGAUAGUCAGUUUCCACUGCAUAACUUUAACAACCAGGAUGUCUUAUGUUUAGAUAAAAAGGAGCUGGGGGUUACGGAAUUUGAAGAGACUGAUGAAAUGACAGGGCCCAAAAGCAUAAAGGCAAAGAGGAAAGGCAAUUGCAAACAGACAGCUGCGGGACAGAGCCCAAAAAAAGUCCGUGCCCCCAGAACACCCAAGUCCGAAAAAAUAAAGUCCCCCAAACAGAACUCCCGUUCCACCAAAAAAAUCAAGGCAAUGUUAGAGGGGAAGGCAGCCAAGAACCAGGCAGACGGGUGUGCCACUGGCCUGCCUGACGGUACCAACACCGGAGACUGGUCUGGCCCUGGUUGGUCAGAGAGCAAUAGUCUCGUCGGGGACGACCAGAGAGAGUUUGAGGAGCCCUCAAAUAUUCUUUCGAACAUUGUCUCUGGCAUGGCUGAGGUCCAGAGAUUCAUGAUGGCCUCCAUUGAGCCGCUGUGGAACCCGAUGUCAGAGGCCGGUAUACCCGCUGAGGCCAAUAGCCUCAACCUAAAGACCCUAAAAAUCUUGGCAGGCACGGAGUCUGAUCUGAAGAAAAAGGGUGCCGUGCUAACAGGGGCUGGGAGAGGCAGAAAGGCAGGGGGGAAAGGAGGGAAAAACCAGGCCAAAUUCAACCCCACUCAUCCCCUGUUCCCUCAACUUGCUCUGGGCUGUGACAUGUUUGACAAACCCAACUUCAUUAACCCUGGUCCUGCGCACAAAAAGCUGUACCGUCACAAGACCAGUGCGAAGUUUCCUCGCAUUGAAACACUGAAGGGGAAGCGAGCUGAGAGAGACCCAAAUAAGGACAUAGCACUGAUGACCUCUUUUGAGAAACUGAGAAUGUGGAUGUCCUGUUGUUGCUGUCCUUCAUACACUGCCUGGCUCAUUUCAAGAGGAAAACCUACAAUUAAUGAGCCCUAUUUAAUCCCAAGGCAUCUUGAAAACACAAGAUGGGACCAUUUUGUAUUGAUGACAUAUCAGAUGUCUUUUGUUCCCCUCGAGGUCAGAAUGAUUUCCUUUAUUGAGCAUUUCUUUUUCUUCUGGAGCGUAGAGGAACUGGUUAUCUACAUUUACAUUUUUACGCCUUGCAAAGUCAUUAAAGCUCCACCCUCAGAGUAUUUUUGUCAUUGUUGUUGUACAGGGACAUGCAAUAUUUGCAAAAAAAGAGAUAAUUAUACCUUAAAAUCAAUGUGCCAAAAGUAACAAUGCUGUGUAAAUGACCUCUUAUAUAUGUGUGAAUAUUGGCUGUUCCUAUUUUCUAUCUACUGGAAUAUCGGCUCCUUACAGAGACUUGCCACAAAAGGAAUUCUUUGUUUGGGACUCUCUUCUCUCUUGUCUGAUGAAAAGGCACCAACAGCUGGCAGUGGUACACCACCACUCACUAAACCAAAUCAGAAACACUCUCCUUGUCCCACCCGCACACACACUUCGUUUGCCAAAUUCAAUUUACCUCAACAUCGCAUGGCGCUGAAAAGCAACAAGGAGAGAGACAAAGAGGAAACGUGCUCUGAAGGCUACUGGAGAGGACGAGGAGGAGAGGAUGAGGUAUUCAAACAAGCUUUCUGUGGACCAAGGAGAAUGUAGUACAGAUGUUCGAGGCUAAGCAAGGAAAUGAUUUGUCAGCCGGGGCUGAGCCUCGCUGAAAAGCUGUUUUGGACUGGAAAUUCAAGGCAGUUUAUUACACGCAGAGAUUCAGAUGCACGCACCGGUCCGGGAUGCGGCUGUUUUUGCAGUUCGAGUUCAUGUGAAUGUGAAAGCAGUUUUCAGUCCAAACGGAAUCAGCACUCUUGUAAAUGAAGGAAGGAAAGCAUGUCUUUUCAUUACUUCCAUGCGCGAAACUUACGUCGAACCAAUCGAAAAUAAUGAUUUAUCAUCUCGUUCUUGUUGGGUUUGUCUUAACACUCGUUUAUUAUUUGCACCACAUGCUUUCACUCUGCGAGUUCUGAUUUGCUUCAUUUUUUCCACAUAAUUUGGAUUAUUUUCUUAUGGUUUCUUUAGUUGCCUUCAGUUUUUGGUCCAUAUUUUGGCAGAAAACUAAUACCAUAUUAGUGCACAAUUUAAAAAAAAACAACAUCUAUAGUUUUUUUUUUUUAUCAAGUACUUUCUGAAUGAGCAUGGAGAAUUCAACCUACAGUCAAUCCGUGACAAAUAGCUGCAAAAAGGUCAUUUUCUAUAUGUGAGAGACGCGGCUCCUUUAGCAGACGUAUACACACAAGGCCUGUAUUGUAUUUAUUUCUUUUUUUUAUUUAAGGCAAUGAGUGCAGACAUUUGGAAGCAUGGCUUCAAAACAGGCCUUGUCACAAAAAGCAUUCUGGCACAAGGAUGAUAAUAAUAAGAUUGCUUGCAUAUGGCAAGACUCAAAAUCAAACAUGAUCUUUUUUUCCCUCUCUUCCCUCUGCCACGAUCCUGCAUUUCUUUUUUCCAGAAUAUCAGGGUUAGGACCAAGACGAGCUGCUGAUGGGAAGCUCCAUGUGGGUUGGAAACCCAUUUAGUCUGCCUUCUCUCAUUUCUGCCUAUUGUCAAAUUGAAUGUACUUAAUCUAAGUUGUUUUUUAAUUCUGUUGUCAAAAUGUGCCACUGUUGCGCUGCCUCAUUUUAAUGGUGCUAAGAAAGCUGACCUUUUUUUCCUUUUGGUUUUGUUUUCCCAUGAGUUAACAAAAAAAAAAAAAGAAAUGCAAACAAGAUUAGGUUCCUAAUCCUCCUUAUGAAUGUAUAUUCUAAUGUUACGUUUGAUGUAUUCACUUCAUGAUUCUUUGACAUUGAUUGGAAUUACUUUUCUCUUUUCAUUAAAAGAUCGCCAAGCUUUAUAUAUACUGUCUAGAGUUGUUACCAGAAGGAAUCUUAAUGAACUCUUGACACAGCAAAAUCUUGUAUAUUUUUUGUGUGCCAAUUUGUAACAUAUUUUGUAAGUGUAUAUUUUUCUUAGAAAGUGCUGUGAAGUAUUUGUGUGUGUGAGUAACCUUUUAUGCGCCUCGAUGGGCAGUGGAAAGGAUCUACAAUGACAAGUUGCUGGUUUUAAAAACCAAAAUAUGAAAGUAUCAACAAAACACUAGAACUAUUUACAUUUUGUUGGGAGUUUUUGUAAUAAGACCAUGAUCUUGUUGUGAGAGUGUUGUGUUACUGUGUAAAACACAAAUAAGCAAAGAAAAAAAGAAAACCUGAAAGAAAAAAUAUAUAAUUUGUGAACAAUUUGCUGUUUUAUAGAUUUUCAUGUAAAUUAUUUGAGUAUUAUUUUGUUUUUUUGUUUUGUUGUAAUUGUUGCAAAGGUUUUAAAUAUUUGUGAUCAAGCCUGUAUGGUGAUAAUGUAAUAUUGGUAACUUGCUGAGUUUUGUAAUAAUGUUUAUGGAGUAAAUAUACAAAUUAAAAUAAGAUUUUGAAUGCUG